AAGCCUUACUUCACAGAGCCUGCUACAAUUUGAGUUCAGCAGUUACAGUGGACGGUUUUAUGUGAACUUAGUUUAUAUUUUAUUUAAAAAAUGUAUACGAAGCUCUUCUUGUUAUUCUGUUUAUUGACCGUGGCGUGGGGUCAGAGAUCGGAGGUCACUAGAGGCUAUACUGCGAGAGGGACUGGCGGUUAUGGGUUGUUGAGACCCGGAUAUUCAGGUUACAGCGGCUAUGAUGGUAUCGGUUAUCAAGGACAGGGAUAUCAAGGAGGUAGUGUAGGUGGUUAUGGCGGUUACAACACUGGUUACAGUGGAUACAAUACAGGUUACAACCAAGGACUCGGUGGUUACAGUCAAGGACUCGGUGGUUACAACCAAGGACUCGGUGGUUACAACCAAGGACUCGGUGGUUACAACCAGGGUCUCGGUGGUUAUAGCACAGGUUUCAGUGGUUAUACUGGUUACAACCCUGGUCUUAGCGGUGGCUACCGUCCCAACUACAGACCCGGUUACCAAGGAAAUAUCGGUUACCAAUAUAACCGCCCAGGUUACUCAGGUUACGACCGUCCCUACUCAAGGGCCGGUGGUAACUAUUUUGGCGGUUACGGUGAUGGUUACGACACAGCGAGGUUGGGAAGGAAGGCUGAAGAAAAGAAGGAUAGCUAAGCUAAGAAGGAUAGCGAGGUAUAACUCGGUUUAGACGUUUGUGUAUAUUGUUUGUGAAUAAAUUUUCUA